AUGGGCGAAGUGUGGCAACGUCUGCCAGGUAACACGCUUCUCAUCCUCCUCAAUGUCUUCACCGCAGUUGCACUAGUCUUUGAAGGCUAUAACCAAGGCGUAAUGGGAGGUGUCUCCGGUACUGCAGACUUCAUUCGCCUCACAAAGAUCGGCUCUGAUGGGGUCAUCACGGACUCGACCAGACAAGGUGGAAUUGUUGCCGCCUACUAUUUUGGAGCUAUGUGCGCCUGUUUCGUCGCCGGAUGGUUCGGUGAUACCUAUGGUCGAAAGAAGGGCGUCUGGUUCGGGUCUCUCUGGUGCAUUCUGGGCGGUGCUCUCAUGUCGGCCUCACAGAACGCAGAUAUGUUUAUCUGCUCCCGAGUCAUCACUGGCAUCGGCAUUGGCUUCAUCAAUACCCUCAUUCCGCCGUGGGUGAGCGAACUUGCCAAGUCCGAGACUAGAGGUGUCAACUUCACCUUUGUCUUUAUCUCUAAUUACAUUGGCAUCAUCCUGGCGUACUGGAUCAACUACGGCGUGAGCUUCACUGGCCGGCCCGAAUUUGUCUGGAGAUUCCCCUUGGCUUUCAUGACAGUGCCAGUCAUUAUUGUCGCAGUUACCAUCGCAUUUCUGCCAGAUUCUCCACGAUGGCUGAUCGCCAACGGCCGUCGCGAUCAAGCCGUUCAAGUGCUGGCAAAGAUCCGUGGUGACGUUCAACCGACCGACCCCGCCCUGGUCGCCGAACUCGAAGAGCUGGAGGCCAUUGUCGAAAAGACACGCCAUUCGCGAAAUCGUCUCUGGAAUAUUGCAAUUGGCCGUCACUCCGGUGCCUUGCACCUGGGCCGGCGUGCAUGGAUGGGAUUUUUUCUGAUGCAGAUGCUGAUGUGGAGUGGGAUCAUGGCCAUUACCACUUACUCAGGUGAAUUGUUCAAGGUUGCAGGUUUCACUGCCUCUAAAUCAGCUUGGAUGGGAGGCUUCUGCAAUUCUCUGGGUGGUGUGGUAGGAACAGCUGCAGCUGCACUUGUGAUUGACCGCUGGGGACGCAUCAAGUGUUUGCUUGUCGGUUUCACUACCGAGGGCAUAUCUCUCUAUAUCGUGGCUGCGUGCCUCAAAAUCGCCGAGGAUACCACGGACAAUCCGACAAAAGCUCGUCAAUUGGGUAUCACAGCAUCCUCAUUCUUUUUUGUCUUUUUGUGGUGCUUUUGUAUGUUCAUCAUCGUUCCAUGUUUCUUGUACCCGUCCGAGAUCUGGCCUCAGGAAGUUCGAGCUCAAGGUUAUGCAUUCACUGUCUUUGGCUGGGCAACUGGCAGCGGCUUGACCACACUACUUAUUCCCAUCAUGUUGGCAAAUAUCGGCUACGGUACCUUUUUACUUUUCGGCUCUUUCAAUCUCAUCGCUAUCCCAGCAGUCUAUUUCAUCUAUCCCGAAGUCCGUGGAAGAUCAUUGGAAGAAGUCAACUUGUUGUUUACUUCCUCUUCCAUUCUCGUUCGCGCGAACGAAGCCGAGUACCUCAAGAGGCUUGCGGAAGCCGGCGGCCAAGUCUCUGUUGCUGAGCGUCGUCUACUGGACGAGGUUGAUGCCUUGGGCAGAGAUGAGUCUGAUAUGCCCAAGACCCCAUCGAGCAAUGGCGUGAAUAGCUUGAAUGGGGAGAAGGGAGUACCUGGGGUGGUUCAUCAGUUGGACCAAACAUCUGCGUAA